AUGGCUGCAGCACGGUCAGCCGACAGUGCAGCGCCCGCCGCCGCAGACGCGAAGCUGCGCAAUUUCCGCGACGGCGAGGCGCGGGAUUCAGACGCCAGCGACUGCGACCAAUCAGACGCGAGCGGGCGGAGCCUCUCACCAACCCGGCAAGGCCUCAGCAGGACCAAGAAGAAGAAGGAGCGCAGGCAGUUUGGCGCCUUUGCAGACGAGCUGGGCGACCUGCUGGGCGUUGCCUUUCACAAGGACGAAGUGAAGCCCGAGACAGCGCACGACGGCGACCUCGACAUGCAGGUUGAGCCGGCCUCGAGCGGGCCCAAGAUGUCCAAGCGCCAGCGCCAGAACAUGGCCAAGAUGCAGGCCCGCAGGCUCGCCAGAGAGCAGUCCAAGAGGGUCAUCCCAGAGCAGCACACAGUGGCUGCCGAGCGUCGCGGCAUGACUCUCCACGCGUAUCGCGGACAGCGGCCCGAGGGGAAGAAGGACGCCAAGAGCGAGAGCCAGAAGAGGAGGAGCAGGAAGGAGAGGGAGCGGUUGAGGAAGAAGGCUGAGGCGGGGGAUGCCAUGGAGGUCGAGUAG